AUGGACCCGUUCACGGAGCUGCGAAAGCACGCGAACGGCACGCACCCGCAAAAGACGCGGCUGAAUGUCGUGCUGGGAGUGAUCACGGACGUCAUUUACGACCGACGCAGUCGCAGCGCCAAGGGCAGCACGACCGAGAUCUCCCCCACCGAGUACUUUGCUGCGCUCAUGACAGCGCUAGACGCGGCCUCGGACUCGCACCGUCAAGAGGUUGCGCAGCUGCUGUCGAUGGUCUUGCCGGACGUCCCGCACGCCGUGCUGCGGUGCAAGUUUACGGCUGUAGCCAAGUGCCUGACAACGGUAGUGCAAGAAGCGGGAGACGAUGCAGCGCUGUUGCGCUCUGCGAGCGCUUGUUUGGCGCUGACGUUGCUGGCUCAAGAGCCGUCGACGACUGUCUGGGCACGGCCAGAGCUGAUUCGCAGCUUCCAGUUGCUGCUCAUGCUCGCAAUGGACACGCGGCCUAAGGUGCGCAAGGCAGGACAGAAGUGGACAAUGGACGUGCUGGAACUCCAUGCUGCUAGAGGGUGUGACGCUCUGUCGACGCACAUUGCGAGCUUCGGAGAGAACGUGUUUGCUAGUGCCGGUAAAAGCGGGAAGGACGACCAGAAACUUGUGCUGCUGGUGGCGUUUCUCAAAGGAGCACUGCCAUUGCUCCAGCGACAGGUCGUUGGGUCUCUCGUUGCAGCACUUGCCAAGUUCUUGGAUGCCAAUUCAAAGACGUUGCGCUUGGUCACGUAUGAAGCCCUGGACGCGCUGAGCGCAGCAUCCGAGUCGCAGCUGACGACUGAUACUCUUUGCAAGCUUGUGGUGGCUGUGCUUGAUGCACACAGCAGUGAGUCACAGGACGCUCAGGGAGGACCUGUGGCUAUUCAUGCUGUGCAUAUCCCGUCUCAAGCAAUUGUUCGGCUUGCUGCGGUGAAUGCUGAAGCGGCCCGUGAGCUGCUUCCGCGCGUGGUCAGUGCCGUGUGCUCUCACAUUGCCGGGGACAGCGACCGCGUGCAACGACAAGCUACUCGCUCAUUGCUGAAUGUUCUGAAGGCGGUCAUGUUGCCAGAAGUGCUGGAGACCGAGAGCACGUUUGAGGAUAUCGCUCGAGUGCUUGCCUCUCUGCAGAGCCUCACGUCACUGCGUUUCCAGGGUGCGUGGAACCAUGUUUUCCCGCUUCUUGCGGAGCUCUUCCGCUUUUACGGCUCUGCUAGUCGUCCUGCGCUCGAGCCCAUCCUCGUGACGUGCUGUGAGCUGCACGAAGCUGCCGACCAACUCCCACAGCAGCAGCAAGGCGGUCGAAGUGUCCAGAAGCUGUCCGACUUGUUCGCCUUAGCUGCAGGCGCUGCUGUUGAAGCUCUUGGUCCUCGUGCCUUCCUUGAAGUUAUUCCUAUCGAUCAUCCAACAGAGAUCGUAAGCGAACAGCGUGCAUGGCUUCUUCCAGUGUUCCGUGAUGCGCUUCGGUCAGCACGGCAUGGUGGUGAGCUUGGUUUCUUCGUGGACGUUAUUCUACCGAUGGCUCGGGCAUGUGAAGCGGGUGUCCGUGAGCCAAGUGCGACUCCGCUGCAAGCCAAAAAACUGCAGACUUGUGCGAUGCAGCUAUGGUCGCUAUUCCCAAGCAUUUGUGCCCAUGCCGUCGAUGUCGACACGCACUUCAAGAAGAUUGCGAAAGUCCUUGCUAGCGCAAUGGCCGACAAGCGCUACCCGGAGCUACGUCUGAUAGUGUGCCGAGGUCUCCAGGCCCUUGUAAAGCGUACCCGCGCCUUACUGCAGUCGGUUGCGCGCCGCUAUCACGUUGAGACGGACGAUGCACUGGUGGAAGACGAUAUCGAAGAAGGUGACGACGACGAACAGGAAGAAGAGCAGCUGGACGAAGCCAAGCUAGCACGUGACCGUGCGGCUUUGGCCAAAUUUUCCGGACGAUACGUGCCUCUGCUGAUUACGUUCUUGGAGGAGCUGGACCCGGAGAAGGACACGGAUCGUGCCCAGGUACUGCUCGAUACGCUCGAAGGCUUUGCCUCGCUGGCUGAGGCCGAGCUGGUUGGCACGACGUUCAAAAAGGUGAUGCAGAAGCUGCUGGAGGCUACAACAGAGGCAAAACGUAUCGAGGCCGACGGCGCUAGCACUCAAUUGAAGCGUGCAACAAAGCUGCGACAGGUAUCGCAUGCGCAGAUGGCGCUUGCCUUAGCUUUGCUGGCUCACGUGGAUGACGUCAACGUUGCACUGCUGUACCGCGUGAUCAAGCCGUAUUUGCUGGACGAUACGGACGCUGCCAUGCAGAAGCGCUCGUACGCAGCCCUCGUGGCCGUUUGCGACUUGCACCCGACGUUCCUGUCGGAAGAGUCCCAGCUGCAGGACCUCACCCGCGCCAUCUGCGAGUCGCUGCUCACGUGCUCGGUAUCAGCCAAGAAAAUGCGGCUGCGGGUGCUUGCGCAUUUGAUUCGUGCGCUGCAGGCCCAGCCUGCAACCGACGGACUUGCCGAGAAGGAGCUUGUGCCCAACCUCGUGGGGGAGAUCAUGCUCUGUACGAAAGAGGCCAAUGGUAAAGCCCGUGAAGCUGCUUUCGAGCUGUUGGUGGCCAUGGCGAUGCUCCUGCGGGCUCGUGCCCCGCAAACGGGACUCAUGGAGUUUGUCCAGAUGGUCCUGGGUGGUCUCGCCGCUCGGACGCCGCACAUGCGAAGUGCAGCCGUGAUUUGUCUCAGUCGAUUGGUCUUCGAGUUUGGUCGCGAAGAGGCUGCAAUUGCAGCAGCUAUGCCUGCGCUGCUCAAGACGGUUCUUAUGCUGCUGCACGAGAAAGCUCGCGAAGUGAUCAAGAGCGUGAUUGGCUUCAUGAAGCUUGGCAUUGCAGUGCUGCUGAAGGAUGAGCUGGCGCCGUUCCUUCCGGAUAUCAUCAACGGGUUGUUGGUCUGGAUCGGCGAGAGCAAGAACCGCUUUCGAGCCAAGACCCGGAUCAUCCUCAUCAAGCUCUGCCGCAAGUUUGGAUACGAGCACGUGGCGGCUCUUGUGCCGGAGGAAGACCGGGCCCUCAUUCGGCACAUUAAGAAGACGAAGGAACGCGAGGACAAGAAGAAGUCGGAACUCGCUGCUGAAGCUGCCGAACGUCGGGCUGCAAACAAGAGUCGAGAUGCGUUCGAAGCGUUCAUGGCUGACUCGGAGGAGGACGAAGGGGACGAGGCGGCAGCGAUGCAAGUGUUGAAACGGAAGAAAGACCUGCACCGGAAGCCCAAGGGCGGCGGCCAAGUGAUUCGGGAAGACGAGGACGACAUUCUGGAUUUCCUUGACGAUCAUGCAGCGGUGAAGAGCAUCCGGUCGUCGCGGAAGGGGCGUCGCGAGGACGAGGAAAGUGACGAGGAGUUUCAAAUGACCAAGGACGGGCGAAUGAUCAUCCCGGAGGAUCAGGACGAGGACAUGAAUGGAGGAGGAGGGGCCGGUGAGGAGGACGAGGACAAGCUCAAGCAGGACGUGGCCUCCCAACUGCACCGGAUGGGGCUCACCAGCCACGACAAGAGCAGUGACAAGGGCGGGCGGAUGAAGCGCAAACGGGGGGGCGAGAGCGAUCCCACUAGCGGGCGCGAGUACCGGGCAAAGAAGGCUGGCGGGGACGUCAAGAAGAAGGGCAAGCUCGAGCCGUAUGCGUACAUUCCCCUGGACCCGAAACUGAUGGCCAAGCGGAACCGACGCGAAGCUGUGACGCGGUACGGCGGCAGUGUGGGGAGCAAGAGGCGAGGGAAGAAGUGA